AUGGCCAAGAACCAGGGUCUUGGCAAAGCCAAGAAAAUAAGGAUUGAUCCCUUGGAUGUGACCCGAAGUCUUGGGUACCAGACACAUAGAUUGAAAGCCCGUAAACCCUGGAGCAAAGAAGAGGAUGACUUACUUCGUAGCUGCGUCAACAAGCAUUUGCUACAGUUUGGGUUCGAAAAUGGAAUUGAAUCCAUGAAAACCAUUCAACAAUCUAACGAGGUCUGUAAAAACAUGCCCUGGGAUGAGAUUGCGGUUCAUUUUGAUAGAACUGUGCGAAAACCCAAGGAUAUUAGAAAAAGAUGGGUGAGCUCACUUGAUCCCAAUCUGCGGAAGGGAAAAUGGACCCUCAAGGAAGACGAGCUUUUAAUGAGGUCAUUUGCCCAGUGGGGGCCCCACUGGCUCAAGGUCUCGUCUGAGAUUCCUGGUAGAACGGAAGACCAAUGUGCAAAAAGGUAUAUCGAGGUUUUGGAUCCAAGCACCAAAGACAGACUACGAGACUGGCGACUGGAAGAAGAUCUGGCUCUUAUAAGUAAGGUAAAACUUUAUGGAACAAGCUGGCGUAAAAUCUCACUUGAGAUGGAAUCACGGCCAAGUUUGACUUGUCGCAACAGAUGGAGAAAGAUCAUUACUAUGAUAAUGAGGGGAAAAGCCUCAGAAGAAAUCACCAAGGCAGUGCAAGGAACUUCCCAAAGUGAGCCUCCACAGACCCUCGACGAGCUCAGGGAGAGCUUGCGUGCGAAGCUUGAAGAGAUGAAAGAUGAAAGGCCGUCUUUGGAAGAGGAGAGGUCGAAGGAAAACGAAGAAUGGGCGCUGGAUUCGGGGCAGAACUUAAGGCUCGCUCCUCAGACAUCUCCGAACGACUCUUCAUCUUCCAAUAACUCUCAAUCCGAGUCGGACUCACCGGCCAAAGAAGAGUGGCCAAUACAUAGCCAAGCUGCCCGACAGGAAAGGCAGACCGCAGAAAAUACUUUAAAUGAAGAGUCUGAUAAUUUGGCACUGCGAUCAGAAGCUUCGCAAUUUUCUGAUCGACCGCAGACCACCGAAUCGGUGCGUGAACCCACCAAACCUCAUCCGUUGCAAGUAUCAAGUGAAAUGCAUCAACCUCGAAUGAUUCAACAGCAGGCGCCCGUUAUAACACAACCAUCACAAGAAACGCAAGCGCCUCAUCAAAUAGCCCAGAGUUCAAUUACAAACAAGAGAAGGCCCCACUCCUCACGAGUAGAUUGGGGAUAUUCUCUGACUGAUGGAGUAGGAGGAUCCGUUUCCGGGGGCCUGAUUGCCAAUUCUGAGCUUGUACAGGAACUGAUCGACCAAGCGCGCCGUAACUCGCUCACGAUAUCGAUUCAUCAGCAUAUCCACAAUAAUUAUGGAUCCGAUUAUCGUUCGGCAAACCUUCAAGGUUUCUCCCUAACAGAUGAAUUACUAGGUUCUAUGCCGCCCGACGGAUUCGGUGAUGAAAGGACUCAAAAGCAACUCAGUUCACGUCCUUUUGAGACCGAAUUCCUGGGUAGAUCGCCCAAUUUCACGAGUCUGGCAUUUGAUCCUGCGGCCGAAUCUCUAGGACCAGGACAUGGCUUACCCCAACACCAAUACCCGAACCUUUCAUCCUACAAUCAAAAGCCUGGGAAUGGCAGCUCAAUUGGAUCUCGCUCCACACCCGGGGCUGACAUGGAGGAAAUGCCGCCACACAGACAGUAUCAUUUCAAUUAUCUUCCACCAACGCUGAAACCACAAUUGAGCUCUUCCGCACUUUCCAGAGAUCGCGAAGCGAACAGGUCAAUUAAUCAUAGCCCAACCUCACAAGUUAGAAGCAAGCGGCGAAAGAAAAAUAGAAUCGCUUCUUCCGAGGAAAAUACUCCUCAGGGUGGCUACGGAUCGAAUGGGACGACACCAAGAGACAAUGCUGGCUCGCCUGCACAUGGCCUGCAGGAUAAAACAAAGGCUACCGGAGGAACCAGUGUAGUGUCCCAUAUGUUGGAGGAAGAAGAUCUGGACUUCUGGGAGAGCUUGCGCUCGCUUGCCACGGUGCCAGCUUCCAGCUCGCACAGGUCCGUACCUGAUGGCCCACUCGAUGAGUACGAUUAUCUUUACAAUUUUUAUGAGGAGCAGGUUGGCACAUCGCCAACGGCCGGUAGACGUGAGAUCGCAGUUUCGAAGCCAGCAACAACAACAACAGCAGCGCAGCAACAGCAACAGCAUCAGAUAUCUGGCCGUGGCAACGAUCCCAACAGGACAUUCAGUAGCUACAAGAAUGACCCAGAAUCUGUACAUCGAGGCUUACCGUUCAAUCCAAGCUGA